GAACAACGUAUGAUCUUUUGCCUCUCUUUCUCUCUCUCUUCUUUCUCUCUCUUCUCUGAAUGGGCAUUUGGGUCUCUGUUUCAGUGCCUCUCUCUCUAUCUCUUGAACUUCAGCCUCCACAAUAUUUCGGAUAAACGCCAAACCCUAUCUAUCACUCGCUUCCGCUCUCGCUUUAGCUUCAGUUUUCAUCGAUUUCAUCUUUCUUUUGUUUUGUUGCGAAAUUCUCAUCGAUUCUUCACUGCGACUUCUUGCACUCUUCGAUGUUUUUGCAGCGAUAGAAACUUCGUUUCGGACUAUUGUAGGCCUCACAUAAAACUUGUUGCUGCGCUACCUAUGUGGUAGUAUGGUGUGUUACUGGAACGCUUUCUGAUGCUUGAUUGAUGGCGGCCAAUCAACGUAGAAAAAGAUUGAGUUCUGCCAGUGUAGUUGGUCACAGUUCAAGAGAACCAUAUAGAGUGAGAAAAAAGAAUUUGGCACUGCCACGCAGUGAUGCAAAUUUAAGACCCCAUAUUACUCUGGCAUGGGAUGGGAGUAAAAAAAGAGUUGUUUCUAAAAGGGAACAAAUUGGCAUAAGUUGGAGAAAAUUAAAACCAUUUGUUGAUUCAGUUCCCAAAGAACAAACUAUCCUGGCUGACGUUUUCGAUGUCCCUCGUGAGAUUUUUGAGUUGGAAGAUUUAUCAGAAGUUCUUUCACUUGAGGUUUGGCAUGCUUAUCUUUCAGAAAAUGAGAGGAACAAUCUGAAAAAGUUUCUUCCUGGAGAACAAGAAAAUGAGACAGACUUGGUGGGAGAGUUGUUUUCUGGGAAUAAUUUUCACUUUGGAAAUCCCCUUGUUAAAUGGGAGUCUUCACUUUGCUCUGGUGCCCUUCACCCGGAUGCAGUUCUUCAGCAUGAACAGUGCUUAAGGGCAGAUAAAAAAGCAUAUUCCCGUGAGUUACAGAAGUAUCAUAAUAAUAUGAUUGGAUAUCUGCAGAAACUGAAGGAUAGAUGUGCGAACUGCAAAGAUCCAGAGAAGGAAAUCAGACAUCAAACAUGGAGGUCAAGAAGUUCAGAAAAUAGAGUCUCCACCAGAGUGAACGAGUCCAGAUUUGACUAUCACGAGGACAAUACUAUAGCUACAUCAGAGUCUGAUUCGUGGGCUGCAGAGGAGAAAGCAUGUAGUAGUGAUAACCAGAAUUCAUUUAUGAAGGGUAGAGUAUUUUCAGAAAGGAUUUGCAAUAAAGGAUGCAAGCGAGAAAGAUUCAGAACUUCAUCCACUGCUUUAUAUGACAAGCUUAAUGUUGGUACUAGAAUUGAGGAAAAGCUACAAAAGCGCAACAUCCAGUGUAGUGAUGGCUCCAAAUAUAUGUCGUAUUUCAAGAUUAGUAAGAAGCAGCAUGACCUGGUGAAGAAUAUGAAGCAAUCCGGAUCUCUGGACCAAGUUUUAGGUGACAUACAAGCUUUUAAUGUACAACCAUAUCAAGUAUUUGUAGAGGAAGAACAGCAAAAGUUGCAUGAGCACUGGCUGCAAUUAUCAAAAGUUCAUCUCCCCGUUGCAUAUUCAAAUUGGAGAAAGAUUCAUUUACAGAGACGGGAACUGACCAAGGCGUUGGAGCAAGAUCUGAAAGACAGACAAACAUUGAUAAUGGAUGUGGACAUCGAAAGCCAUAAUAGCAUGCUUCGAGGUCAAAUUGAUACUGAAGAAACAGAUCAAAUGGAUGUGGAAGGAACAGGAAAUGAAUCUAUUGAAAAAUCAAUCGCUGGCUCCCAAAGUAGUCAAUCCUCAGAGCAGAUCAAUGGUGGGUUGGAGAUUGACAACAGUUUGGAUCCCGAAGAUCAUGACACCCUAAAUUCUGGUAAUACUAUUCUCGAAGAAUCUGGAUUAUCAAGAAAUCUGAAUGCUACAGAAUUCUCAGCCAGCCAGGGAGAGGUCCUACUUUCUGUUGGUGAUGUUUGCACACGACAAGUUAUGCCAAAGAAUUACUACAGCUCUUCUACCAGCCAUGGUUAUGCUACGUCCAGUAGUAAUUUGUCUCUUUCAAAUUCUCAUGCUUAUGACGAGCAAAAAACAAAAGUUUUCAAUGUUGAACCUGACAUGGCUGCCAGAGGUGUUGCUAAAUGUUUAUUGCCUAGACAAUCAGACGAUGGCACUUAUGUGAAACAUGGCUUCCAUGACAGGGUUAUCGGGAAAAAUGUGUUGCCUAGACAAUCAGAUAAUGGCACUUUUGUGGAACCUGAUUUGCAUAGCCGAGAUAUUGGAAAAAGUUUGUUACAUAGACAAUCAGAUGAUGGCACUUUUAGUUCUUAUGAAAAUCAAGGAAAAGAUGAGUUACUUCAUUCUGUGUUUACUAGGCAGGGAGGUCUGUCCUUCCAUCACAAGGAAAGGCACUCAGGUUUAGAUUUCCAGCCAUUAAACAAUGACUUGAUUGAAGAGAGUCAGUAUUCUAGACAUUUCCAGGAGCAGUCAGAGUUAUCGGUGCCUUUGCAGCAAAGGCGGAAGGAAGAUGGGCAAGUCUACAUUCAACAUGGUGUUCCAGGGAAUAUUUAUCCUGAUGGAAACAGGUAUCCGAAUCCUGCAACUCAGCAACAGUUACCCUCAGUUGGAAUGCAGGGCUGGGCUGUUAACUCGGUUCGCAUGCCUUCUCAUAUCCAUUUUCAUCCCAUAAAUGGUGGAAGUUUAUUAGGCGAGAACUGGUUUCCGGGCAAUCAUCAAGUCCAUGAUGGGUUUACAGGGCCAGAUGGCGUUAUAGUCCCAAAUCAGAGCAUUGGAACUGGAAGCAGCAGCACAGAUCAAACCUUAUUCAGUGUUCUAUCUCAAAGUAAUCAAUUUCGUUCCCCUUUUCACCCAAUGAGCUCGAACGGGCAAUUGAUUUCCCCGAGGAACUAUGGAAUGUUGCGAGAAGGAAAUCCCAUGAUCGGAAACGUUCUACCAGAAGCAUCCAACCCACUCAGCUACUUGGGAGGGCAUGAAAUACCAUCUCAGAGUAUGAGCUGGGUAGGCACGAGGCAUCAAAAUUCCAACUUGACUGAUCCAAUGGAGAAACCAUACUUGAGAUCAUGGAAUCAGUGAAGAGACGUAUGUGGCCAGUUGGUUUUGGUUUUGGCGUCCGGACUAGAAGAUGCAGCAAUGGCAUAAGCUAUUGGAAAAGAACGAAGAAAAAGAAACAGUGUGGAUGUUUCAAAGAGAGCUGGUUUUGUGCAAUGAAAGAUGGUAGGCUUGUUAUACAUAUACCCAAUUCAUACACAAGAAGAGAAGAAACACAGCGCCAUGUAUAUAAUCUUUAGAUAUUAGAUGAGCAGCUGGAAGAAAAGAAGAAGAAGAAGAAGAAGAUGAUGAAGAAGAAGAAAUUUGAAGUGAUGAAAAGGAUCCAGAGUACAGGUACAUUUUUGUAGCUUGUUCUUUAUUUUUAGCUCUCCUCUCUGUUCUGUUGCUUAGAAGAUAAUUUCAAUAAUUUUGGAGGCUACACAGCCAUCUGAGGCCAUGAUUCCCCUGAUUGUUUCCUUUUAUUUAUUGUUAAGUUGUUGAUUAGUUUCCUGAAGACAGUCUCGUGAGGUGGUGGUAAUAAUUGCAGCUCUACUGAGUUCUAUCUAUCUUAGUCUUUUCUUCCCUGAA